CAGGCGAGAACACAGGUCAUUUUUCCCUCCCGCCGAACAAGCAUAUCAACCAAUAGAAGCGUAGGAAGACGAAUUCGAACACCACAGCCAAGGGACGACUAAAAUGGAUAGCCGUGUACAAUUGACGUCACCUAGCGGAUGGAGGCGGCACAGCACAGCAUGGGGCAUGGGUAAUCCACUCAGUGUGCUUGGCGGGAUGUUGAUGCUGAUGGGACUGGUGGAGUUCGGACAAGUCGGAGUCCGGGGAGGGCUGAUGGAAAACGUCACAGCUUUCAUGAGUAUGGCUAAUGCUGUCUUUUCUAUGGUGAUCUCUGGGGCUGGUAAACUCACAUGGUACACGACUUUCCAGCUCCUGUGCGUCCUGUCUUUGUUACUGGAUGUCGUGUUUGGAGUACUCAUCUUCGUUUUACCUGAAGAGAAGAAGAGUCUUCUGACGUCUUUCCCCAGAGAUACCCUGGUCUUCAUUGCUGUGGAGUUCAUCACCAAGGCCGCCAUCUUAUUUUUCAGUAUAAGAAUUAGCCGCCAACCUCAGAUGAAAAGGUCUAUAUCAUCGCCUAGAAUAGGCUGGGAUGAACUGGAGAGAUUCCAACGGUAUUCUGCACCAAAUGUCAAUCGGACGAAAAGAGACGCGGCUUUACAUUUGACAUCCGAGGAGGAGGACCGACCGGGGGAUGAGGAAUACGUUUUGCUGCUUACUGAGACCAGCACAUCGGAAGUGACGUCAAACGGCAACAUUCACCAAGGAAACAACGACCUGUGCGCAUGUGCAGAUGGGGAUAUCUGGGUUCCGAGACAGCCCAGAAAAAAGACGCAAAAAAACAACCAGAAUCACAGUUGGAACAGUUAUGUUGGGCUCAGGGAAAUGAAGAAAUCGCACAGGGACUAUACAAGAGUGCGUUUCGCAGACAAUAUAGGUGAAAGUGAAACAAGUGUCGUUUAAUAUUUGAAUAACCAGGAGGUCACAUGACACAACUUGCAUGCUUAC